GUGAGGAGAAAGAACAAAACGCAUCUCGUGCCUCUCUCUUUUUUCUUUUCUCCUCCGCUUCCAAGUAGAAAUCUCAAUUCUUUUCUUCCCCAAAAUAAAAGUAGGGGAGAAAAAACGGAGCUAGAGCUUUCUGUCUCUCCUCCUUCUUCAGCAGCUUUUUUGGGGGUUUUACUUGUGCUUAGAAAGAUCUUAACUUGGCGUUCUCUCUGGUUUAAGUGUAUUUUCUGAGUGGUUAAGCUCGAAGUUAUUACCUCAGUAUCCAAGACUCAAGCUGCAGUUUGUCGUACGCCUAGAGCAGAGGUCCUUGCUGGCCUUCCCCAUGCUGCAUUUUAAGCUUGGAAACUUGUGAACAUGUUUCGGAGAAAGCACUCUCAUAAUCACCAGGAGAAUGAUUCUUCACAAGAUGCUAAGGUCAAUGAGCUCAGGACUGCUAUUGGACCAAUAUCAGGCCGUAGUCUACAGUACUGUACUGAUGCAUGCCUCAGGAGAUAUUUAGAAGCUCGGAACUGGAAUGUCGACAAAUCCAAGAAAAUGUUGGAAGAAACACUGAAAUGGAGGUCAAAUUAUAAGCCCGAGGAAAUCCGUUGGCAUGAAGUUGCAAAUGAAGGUGAGACUGGGAAAGUGUACAGAGCAAACUUCCAUGACCGGCAAGGGAGGACUGUUCUUAUAUUGAGACCAGGAAUGCAGAACACAUCGUCACAAGAUAGUCAGAUCCGACAUUUGGUGUAUCUUAUAGAGAAUGCUAUCCUUAACCUUCCUGAGGGUCAAGAACAGAUGUCAUGGUUGAUAGAUUUCACUGGAUGGUCAUUGAACACCAAUGUUCCCAUCAAAACUGCCAGAGAUUCUGCUAACAUUUUACAGAAUCACUAUCCUGAGAGGCUUGCUGUAGCAUUUCUCUACAAUCCCCCCAGGAUUUUUGAAGCUUUUUGGAAGGUUGUCAAGUACUUCUUGGAUCCUAAAACAUUCCAGAAGGUGAAAUUUGUCUAUCCCAAGAACAAAGACAGCGUGGAGCUCAUGAGUUCGUAUUUUGAUGUGGAGAACCUUCCAACAGAAUUCGGGGGGAAAGCUAAGCUGCAAUAUGACCAUGAGGAGUUCUCAAGAUUAAUGGCCCAGGACGAUGUAAAAGCUGCUAGAGUGUGGGGAUUUGACAACAAGCUUCACCACGUCAAUAAUGGGUAUUCGGGAGCAGAGGUGGUUCCGGAGCCAGUGCCUCUUGCACCGCCGGCUAGUUGAGUAGCCCGCCCCAAUCCUCAUUCCCCUUACUAGUAUUUUAAGAAGUCAAAGGAUCAUGUUUCCUAGUCCCUAGAUUCCAUUGAUCAAUGUCUUGAAUGAUCUCCCUAUGGCCCUUGAGCUGAUUGGAGCCAAUCAUAACUGCUAUCCUUCUCACUAACAGAAACUGGAACUGAGGUUCCAUUUCUUACUAAGAAAGCAUACUUCUAAUUCUUGGAUUUAAGUAAAGGUAAUUUCCAUUCCAUA